UGGCACCUUUAAAAACACCACAUAGACAAAUAAACAACAUUAAAACCAUUAAAAAGUGUAAAAAGGCAACUUUUUGAAUUUGAGAUGACUGUCUAAAAGUGUCCAAAUAUAUCAUAAUUCUGCAUUGAAGAAUAGGGCAAAAAUAUGUAUGAGAUGUAAAAGACUAUAAAAUAUUAUGAUAAGAAUCACCUGACAAAAGGGGGAAUACCAGCAACAUAAUAUUUAUAUAAUACAGAGAGCUAGACAGUUACCAUUAACUAAUACUAAAACUAUUAAAAAUGGUUUUGAAAUAAAUAAUUAAAAUAAUGCUAAAUAAAAUAUAAAUAGAUAAAACUCAAACUUUAAAAAAAAUUUAAUAAAAACAAUGCUUCUGCGUUCUCCUGCAAAUGCUCCAUAGAAAUUAUGCCUUUGCAAAGUUUAAGCCAAGUACUAAAAUGACCAAAACUGAAAUUAAAAAAUAAAUUAGAAAGUUAAAAAUACAAAAUGACACAACAAUAUUAAUUUAAAUGGGAAAAAAAAAUCUAAGUCAAGAUUCAAGAAAAUCUAAGAAAAAAUAAUAUUAAUAAAUGCAUACAGCAUAAAUAAUACUAAAAUAAACACUGCUGCCAGAUUACGGUUACCUAAUCAAGUCCUGUAUGCAUGAAUGACUUUAGUUAAUUGGGUGCAGUACAGAGAAUCAUUGUGCUGUGGAAUCUAGAGCACUGCUGCUCGCUCACCCUCGCUUGUCUGUCACUCAACCGUGUCUUUGAUUAUCCUUGCUAAAUUAUCCUCAUGAUGUAAUCAUUUUUUCAACAGUGAUGUGAUUUUUCAUAUUUUGUUUCUCUUCAGGUUGCGGCAUGUGUGUUGAUUGAUCUAUGAGGGUAUUUGGGGAUGGAGCUGAUUGGCUUUCUGGCAGUGGCAGUGUGCGGAUCGCUGGUUUCUUGGGCCGAUCAGUUGAAGCAGGCCCGGACGCCUUUGUUACACCAUCGCCCGUUUGUGGUGGUGUGGAAUGCACCUACUGAAUCCUGCCGUCUUCGAUUCAAGGUGGACUUGGACCUUAGUGUCUUCGACAUUGUUGCUAACCACAACGAGACCUUGAGCGGCCCCAACGUGACCAUCUUUUACCACCGCCACCUGGGUUACUACCCUUACUACACCAGCUCUGAGAUUCCCAUCAAUGGAGGCCUUCCUCAGAACCAAAGCCUGAGCAAACACCUCAGCAAAGCUCGAGCUGACAUCGACAAGCUCAUACCCUUCAAGGACUUUCACGGGCUUGGUGUCAUCGACUGGGAAAACUGGCGUCCGCAGUGGGUACGCAACUGGGGCUCGAAAGACAUCUACCGAAACAAAUCCAAGGAGCUUAUAAGGAAGCUGCAUCCUGGUUGGCCACAAAGUAAGGUGGAAAAUGAAGCAAAGGAGCUCUUUGAGAGGGCCGGACAAGUAUUCAUGAACUCAACACUGCAGCUGGCCGAGAGUCGACGACCGCAUGGUCUUUGGGGGUUUUACCUGUUUCCUGACUGUUAUAACUAUGGUUACAAACAGCAUCCGUUGCGUUACACAGGAGAGUGUCCUAAUAUUGAGCAUGUACGUAACGACCACCUGAUGUGGCUGUGGAAGGAAAGUACGGCCCUCUAUCCUUCCAUUUAUCUCGACUAUGAGCUCAAGUCUUCUGCCAACACGGUCAAAUUUGUGCACUACCGUGUCAAGGAGGCCAUGCGGAUCGCAUCGAUUGCUAGGAAUGACUAUACGCUGCCUGUUUUCGUCUACUCCAGACCUUUCUAUGCCUACACAUUUGUUGUCCUAUCAGAGAGUGACCUGGUCCACACCAUAGGAGAGAGUGCAGCACUGGGGGCCGCUGGGGUGGUCCUGUGGGGGUCAUCUGAAUAUGCAAGCUCUCAGAGAAACUGCAUGACAGUCAAGAAAUACAUUGACGGUCCACUAGGUCACUAUGUGAUCAACGUGACCUCAGCAGCUAAACUGUGCAGCAAAGCCUUGUGCAAGAAGAACGGCAAAUGCGUCCGUAAGAGCCUGGACUCUGGGGCUUACCUGCACCUCAACCCUCGCUUCUUCAACAUCCGCCUCAACCAAGGCAUUCGUGGACCGCGUUUCCAUGUGAGCGGCCACCUCAACAACCACGACAUCCUGGACAUGAAGCAAAAGUUCACCUGUCAGUGUUACCAGGGCUGGACGGGCAUCUACUGUGAGAUGCCCCAGAUAUCACAGCCUCUCCUGCCCCACCCGAGAGACAGUAUCCUGGGAGAACUACUGCUGGUCCUGUCCCUUCAUUUCUCCUGUCUGUCUGUCAUCAUGUUCUUGGGUCUGUGUCUCAUUAUUAAGUGUCUGAUACUGUAAAGCACAGUGUAGAUGGCACUUUGGACUGUAUCUGUUAAAUAAAUUCAUGAAAAUAAAUGUAAUGUAGGGUAGGACGGACUUAGUUAUAUGUAGCUAUAUCUAGCUAUAAGGUUUUGAGUCAAAAGUUUGUGUUCUCUGGAAGUCAUUUUGUAUGUAAAGUUGAUGUCCCCACAAUAACAGACUGCCAUGCAAUUCUUUUAAGAACGUUAUACAAGUUUACUGUAACACUGGCACCACAAACUUCACAUACUUUUGAAAAUCCAGCGUUUAAUU